UAUGCGGUGCUGUGCGGGGCGUCAUGUCGUGCUGUGAUGCAGGUGGUGAGGAUACAGCGCGUGGCAGCAUCCUCUACAGCAUCCUCAGAGGGGCACACUGUCCGCAGCAGCGCGUGGAGGCAGCCACGGCGCACAAGUUCUGCUCCUGCGCGCCCAACAGAGCAAAACUAGUGGUCACGCGAGCUCCACAAUUAGUUUUCAAAGCGGCCUCCGAAGUGCUCCUAAAAACUUUCCGCUUCGUGAAGAACGUGCCGUGUUUUCGGGGUCUGCCGGCGGAAGACCAGCUCCGGCUUGUGCGCAACAGCUGGGCUCCGCUGCUGGUUUUGGGCAUGGUUCAGGACGCCGUGGACUUCGACACGGUGGAGACGCAGCAGCACAGUUUGUUGCACAGGAUUUUAACGCACGCGCCGACCGAGACUCAAGACCCCGGGGUGCCCGUCAGGGAUGUGGAGGGGAUCCAGAUGUUUCUGGUUAAGUGUAGAGGACUCAGGAUCAGCGUCAAGGAAUACGCUUUUCUGAAAGGAGCGAUUCUGUUUAGCCCAGUGACUGAGCUGGAGUGUCGGGAGUACAUCCACGCGCUGCAGAAGGAGGCUGAGCGCGCGCUUUACGAACACGUGAGGACUGUCCACCGGGGGAGCAGGCUGCGCGCUGUCCUCAACACCCUGCGCGCCACGGACCCGGACGCCGUGGCCGGACUGUUCUUCAGACCGGUGACUGGCACGAGCAGCACAGAUGAGCACGUGCUCGCGAUGUUUUAUGAGCGCUGGGGGGACUGA